CGGAAAUUUUUUCCUGGUUAAAUUAAUUUUUUUCCCUCUUCUGUAAAACCCUUGGGAGGCUAGAAAACCGUCCUUUGGUUUUCUUCUAUUUCGUUCAACACUGUCUCUUCUGAAGCUGCAGCUGCAAAUCAACAAUGGUUUCUAAUUUCGUAUUCGAAGCUCCAAGCGACGAAGAAUACGACCCAGAACCCCAUGACGACCAGAAAACUGUCGCAGCUUGGGAUUUCGCCGCUUAUUCUGAAGCCGCCGCCGAAGAACAUUCCCGCCGCAAUACCACUUCCGUUGAUUACAAAAUCCAGAAGCUUCGUCAGAAAACUGCUGUUCCUCUAACUAACCCUAUUGAUUCUGAUUCUGAAUCUGAAGUCUCUGAUCCUGAACCUACACAAGAGAAUAGUAAGGCCGAAGAAGGAGAUGAUGAUGAAAAUGAUGUUGCUGAUAGUAAAAAGCCUUUCUUUGCAUCUGUAGAAGGUGUUGAAUUUCAUGCCAAAUCGUUUUUUGAGCUUAAUCUUUCGAGGCCGUUGAUUCGAGCUUGUGAAGCUUUAGGGUACUCUAAGCCUACAGCAAUCCAGGCUGCCUGUAUACCAUUAGCAAUGGCGGGACGUGAUAUAUGUGCGAGUGCUAUUACCGGUUCAGGAAAGACUGCAGCUUUCUCCUUACCAACGCUGGAGAGGUUGUUAUACCGUCCUAAACGUGUACCAGCAAUUAGGGUUCUUAUUCUUACUCCAACAAGGGAGUUAGCGGUCCAGGUACACAGUAUGAUAGAAAAACUCGCUCAGUUUACUGACAUAAAAUGCUGUCUGAUUGUUGGUGGGCUAUCAACUAAGGUGCAAGAGGUUGCGUUAAGAUCGUUGCCAGAUGUUGUUGUGGCAACCCCCGGGCGUAUGAUAGACCAUUUACGUAAUUCAAUGUCUGUAGAUUUAGAUGAUCUUGCUGUUUUGAUUCUUGAUGAGGCUGAUCGACUUUUGGAGCUUGGUUUUAAUGCUGAGAUCCAAGAACUUGUUCGUAUGAGUUCCAAAAUGAGGCAGACAUUGCUGUUUUCUGCCACAAUGACUGAAGAAGUUAAUGACCUUGUCAAACUCUCUUUGAAUAAACCAGUGCGUUUACAAGCUGAUCCAUCUGCUGUACGGCCAAAAGGUUUAGUAGAGGAAGUUGUGAGAAUACGGAGAAUGCGUGAGGCGAAUCAGGAGGCAGUGCUCCUUGCAUUAUGUUCAAAAACAUUCACAUCCAAAGUUAUUAUCUUUAGCGGAACAAAGUUGGCUGCUCAUAGGUUGAAAAUCUUAUUUGGAUUAGUGGGCCUUAAAGCAGCGGAGAUUCAUUCCUUGCUUACACAAGCACAACGUCUUGAUUCUCUUGAACAUUUCAGAAAACAGGAAGUGGAUUUUUUAAUUGCGACAGAUGUUGCUGCUCGGGGACUUGAUAUAACUGGGAUUCAAACAGUCAUUAAUUUUUCAUGUCCUCGUGAUCUUAAUACUUAUGUGCAUCGAGUAGGCCGUACUGCAAGAGCUGGUCGGGAAGGAUCGGCUGUCACAUUUGUCACUGAUAAUGAUCGUUCUCUAUUAAAAGCUAUUGCUAAAAAAGCUGGUUCGCAGUUGAAAAACAGAAUUGUUGCUGAACAGACGAUUAACAAAUGGAUGCAUACUAUUGAGCAGAUGGAAGAUCAGGUUGCUACUAUUCUUCAAGAAGAGAAAGAGGAGAUGCUUUUGAGAAAAGCUGAGAUGGAAGCAGCAAAGGCAGAAAAUAUGAUCGAGCACAAAGAUGAAAUUUUUUCGCGACCUAAGAGGACAUGGUUCAUAACAGAGAAGCAAAAGAAAUUAAUAGCAAACGAGAUGAAGAUGAAGGCAUCCUUGGAAAAGGAUGGAAAUUCUGGUAAUGUUGUCGUCAGUGCUAAACAAGCAGAAGACCUGAAAUUGAAGGAAAAGAGGAAACGAGAGCGUGAGAAAAACUUACCUCGGAAGAAACGCAGAAAGCUCGAAGCAGAGAGGGAGAUGUUGGAAGAGGGAAACGAUUCCGAUGAAUCUGAAGAGGGCAAUAGAAAGGGUCAAAAAGACGAAAGCGGAAUACCACUUGUUGAUGUAGCUUAUCGAAGAGCGAAAGCUAUCAAGGCCGGGAAAAAAGCACAAGAUGCUGGUAAAAAACCGAAAAAGAUGGGAAAGAAGGCAGCACAACCUCCAUCAAGAACAGAAGAGAUGCGAGAGCUAUUCCAGACUGACAUGAGUGAGAGACGGUUGAAAAAGAAUGUUCAGAAACAUGGAAAGUCCAAGAAUUCAUUUAAGAGCAAAUCAAGGUAUAAGCGUAGGAAGUAGGCAUUUUAUUUAUUCAUGCUUCCCGAAAAUUGCUUUGGAAGCAGGCAUAUAUUCGGCUCAACCAAUUUUCACUAUAGCAUGGAACAUUACUUCUCGAAUUGCAUAGCUCGAUUUCAUCGGGAAAUCUUCAGUUGAACCAUCAAGUUUGGAAUCGUGUUCUUCUCAUCAUGCGAUGAAGUUCAACCAGAGAUCGUACUUGGCCUGGCAUUUGGAUAGUAGUCUUGAGUCGAUUUCCUUUUCUUUUUGUAUUCGCGAAUGUAAUCGUAUAGCCCAUCGUCUUAACUCAAUAGGCAGUUGCUAGCGAUUGUUAUAAUGUUUGGUUUGACGUAUAUCUUUUCGGACUCUGUUUUUGCUGAUUACUCUAAUUAAUAUUAAAGUCUACCUUUUACUUAAAAACAAAAAAAAUCAAUUUUCCCAAUUUGAACGUUCAACUUUGCAUGACAU